AUGAGUCCUUUUAAAUUGUUUAUUUUUGUUCUCAACCUUUUUGUAAUAAUUCCAAACAUCACAUUGUCCGCUGUUCCACUUACAUUUUAUUGCACUCGUUUUGUACCAAGUGCGGUUUCCUUCAACACAUCAAUUGCUAACGUUGCAUUAAAAGUUUUUGCAUUACAAGGCCCUUGUGUAGAAAUUUCUAGCACUGGGGAAUAUUCAAAUGGAAGCACCUUUGCUGUAACUCAAAUUACUUCUGCAGAGCCGCUGUGUUAUAGUGAUGUAGUGGGUGCUCAAGAUACAAGAGGUAGUUCUAUUUGGUUCCUUUCACCUCUAGGAUGGGUUUGGUCUGGUUUGACGACCAAUCUGAAUUGGAAUUUGUCUUGUUAA